AUGAUCUCUAAGACUUUAACAACACUUUUUCUAGUUACCUACGUAGUAGCUGUUGAGGACAUUCCAACGUCAUAUGCUAAUUAUAAUGAUUACCAUAACACGGUAAAACACAUCCAAUCUGCAUAUGCAAAGAAAGCUGAACCAGUCCAAUACGCGUAUGCCCAGCCACAGCAGUACUCCAAACCAGAAGCACCCUCCAAAGUGUACUCAAGUCAUUUGUCUGGCUAUGGCGCUCAACCACUUACACUACACUCCAACUCAUUAUCUGCCAUAAAAUAUACUCAUUCGCAACAACCCUCCCAAGAACGGGACUACACUGUUGGCUUAGGUGCAUAUGGACAACAAGCAUCUUCUUUGGGUGGCUACGAACAAUACUCAGCAGAUUUAGGUUCCCAAAAUGUUCAGUACGCUGUUCCAACUCAAUCCGUUCAGUAUUCAGCACCCAAGCAGCAAAUUGUACAGUACGCAGCACCUCAACAGCCUCAAUAUAGUGGACAUAAAUAUGAAGAAGAAAAUACUCACCCCAAAUACGAAUUUUCCUACGGAGUAGAAGACCACCACUCUGGAGAUAUCCACUCCCACAAAGAAUCUCGUGAUGGUGACGUUACUCAAGGAGAAUACUCCCUUCAUGAACCCGACGGUACCGUCAGAACUGUCAAAUACCGCGUCGACAAACAUAGUGGUUUCCAAGCAGUAGUUGAAAAGUCUGGCCAUCCUCAACAACAAGCUCAACAAGCGAAGAACGCUUAUUAUUAA